AGAGUUGUCUUUUAGUGUUAGGGUUUUUUUGUGGCUCGUGUCUUGUUUCUUUUUCGCCACCUACGUCAGAGAGGAUGACAUGAUGGUGGGUUGAUAAACUCGACCCAUCUGGCUUGCUUGAUAGGGUAGCGGGGUCGAAGCGGUGGGAGAAACUCAAGGUUAAUUAAUUCUUGAGGAGAUGAAGACAACUGAAGAAGAAGGUUAGAGUGUAGUGCUUCGGUUAUUUUCUUUGCCUAUAAGUUCUAAGGGGGCGGAAGGUGGUGCGGUGGUGGUGGAGAUGAGAAGCACGAGUUCUGAGAGAUCAAGGAGAAGCCCUUCCAAGGUUGAGGAGGAUGAGGAGGAUGGCGAGGAUAACUUGAGAAAUGGAGGGAGCUCGAGCAGUAGCACCGUGGAGGAGAGCGAGCGGAAGGCGAGCUUGGGGACUGUGAGGCAGUAUGUCAGAUCCAAGAACCCAAGGCUUCGGUGGACGCCGGAACUCCACCUUUGCUUUGUUCAUGCCGUCGAGAGGCUCGGUGGCCAAGAUCGAGCGACGCCGAAGAUGGUCCUUGAAUUGAUGAAUGUUAAGGGCCUUAGCAUAGCUCAUGUCAAGAGUCAUCUACAAAUGUAUAGGAGCAAGAAGAUCGAUGAGUCAGGUCAAGUUAUAGCUGAUCCUAAGAGUGUGAUGAAAGGAACGAGGCAGCAUACAUACAAUCUUAGCCAUCUUCCCAUGCUACAUGGUUUUCAUCAAAGUCUCAUUCCUAACUCAAGAUCCGAUGGCUCUUCAUGGGCUGGCCAUCAAAAUUGGGUGCACAAUCAAGUCCUAAGCAGGGCCAUGAAUUCUACCCUGGGAUCAAGAUCUUAUGGUUCCAUAACCGAGAUGAUCUUCACAGGAAGCGACAGCCUAAAGAGCAAUGAUCAGGAUCUCCGCAUAAACGCUUCAUCUUUGAAUCGUCGAGCUAGCGGCGAGCUUCGCGAAGCAAGUGGGGAGUCCCAGUUGCUUCAUAAUUGCAGAGUGGGAACUACGCGAUAUCGACCAGAAGAAAGGGAAGCCUACUCCAUAACCCAGCCGCAAGAAAGAGGAUUGGCGACUAGUCCGGAAGGGGAGAGCUCGGCGAGAUGGAAGGCUGAUGAUGAGGGGCCUGAUCUGAAUCUCUCGCUCAACAUAGGACCAAGGCAGGAGAAGAAGCAAAGGAGGUGGGAAGAAGAACUGGAUAGCUUAUCUCUCUCCUUGUUUGGUCCUUCAAGGAUGGAAAGAUGUUCUAGAGAUGUCGAGAAGGCCUCAAAUCAUACGAUGUGGGAGGAAGAAGUUGGUAUUGAGGAGCAACGCAAGAGUGACGAGUACUCUGGAUCUGACUAUAUAAGUGCAAUGUGGUGAGAUGUUGUGGUACUUGUACAAAGAGGAAGGUCAUGGCCAACACUUAACUCCUAAUUUCCUUCCUUCACUUACUAUUUUCUACUCAUUAAGGAGGCAUUAGGGCCCUAACAGGACCUGGUAUGUGCCUUUCUUGUAUCCCUUUGUAAUUUGCAGCCCAGGAUUAAUAAUGUUUAGGAGAAAAAAUGGCUGCAUGCACAUGCCGUUUGACUGCAAGUCUGCAACUUGGUUGUGACCAUUAAUUUUCUUGUGUGAUUGAGUGAUGUAUUAUGAAUGUUGAAAAGGUUAGGCAUCAUUGACUGU